AUGAAAUUCAUAGUUGGAAUAGUCUCAUUGUUUGCAGCAUCUGUUUUCUCCUCUUCAGCAAGUAGCCUAGGUAGUAGCAGCAGAUAUUAUUCAAGGUCAGUUUCUAGUACUUCUGCUGGUUCAGGUUAUCCAUUCUACAGUCCGUACCUUUUCUAUCGGAGUCAUGGCGCCUUUGGACCUUACUCAACGGAUGCUAGCAAAGAUUCUUCAUUGGCAGGCACAACAGCAGCAUCGCCCCUUCAUUACUAA